CAAAAGUAGUCUUAUGGACUCGUGGCCUAUCUCUUUGGAAAACAAGAACAUUCAUGUGCAAGCAGCAAGCCAGAUGCAUGUUGAUCAGGGUCUUACUUUUUGGUCAAAAAGUAUAUGUGUAUCUUCUCCAAGCGAAAACUCAGGAGAAAGGGGUCCAGAAGUGUCAAAGACGGAGACUCCUCCAACUCCUCAUUUCUUCUCCUCAACCUCCACGAAAGCGCAGAGACAUAUUGCCCACAUCUUCGGGGUCUCCGCGUCUCAUCACUCCACUCGUUGCUUGCAAUCGGUCCGAAGAGUGAGUGCGAAAACAGCGCCGAAAUGUGGAUAUCAAGAAUCCUUUCGGUUUUGACGUUGAGAUUCUGGAGUGCGUGUGGGAUGUGCUCAAGCUCCAAAGCUUUUCAUUUGCAAAGUUUCAACGAACACACCCCAUGCUUUUCUCCAACAAACAUGUUUCGGAGACGGGCCUGUUUCUCCACGGAUGACAUGACUCUUUUAGCCGCUGUAUAUCCUAUUCGAAAGGAUGCGCACAAGAAUCUAUUAAAGUACCUGCGGAGGAGUGCGGGGAUCUGUCCGUGCGACAAGACAUCUCAUGUUUCCAAAUCUGUCGUGUCCAGCGCAUCAUCAUGCUGUGCUGAGUUGGCCUUAUGGACCCAUAUCUUGAGUUCGCCACCCAGUCGCCGCUGCUGUCUGGCAUGUCGUGAUAAGUGAGAUUGUGAAGGAUUGAAAGCCAAGCCCUUCACCCCGCUCCCAGAUGAACGAAAAUGCAAUCCAGUGUCCGUCGCAGGUUGAAGAGGACGAGACAAGGUCUUGCUGCACUCGAUGCCGUGCAGUCCG